UCCAAGCUUAAAGAAUUAAUAUGGAUUUAUUAAUAUCGUGAUUUGAUACAAUGUACUGUGCUUUCAGGUUUAUUCCUAAUCAAUCAAACUGUAUCUCAGAGUAAGAUUAAAAACCGGACCGACCUUUGGAUAGCGCUACUUGUUCCUUUUUUUAUAUUGGUUCAGGAGUGCACGACCGUGAACGGACAAAGACUAUGAAUUCUGAAGUUGCUCAACAAAAUGGUUCUGAUAACCAUGAAGAAGUACCCCUUUAUGCUGAAGCGUUUCCCGCUUUGGCCCCCGUUAAUCGGUCAGGCAGUCCAACUGCCAUUGCGAAUGAAUGGGUCAACCCUAAAGUUCAAAGAUUGAAAUCGAGUGUUGUUACCCAGUUGUUCCAAAUCCCAAUGGAGGAAAGAGCAUUCAAACACACCGAAAAUUUUGGCCAAUCCCAACAAGAUCAAAACAAGGCUUGUCUCGAUAUUAUGCAAAAAACAGGAGCUCAUAUCGAAAUGUCGACUUGCAAAGAUGGAUCUCUCUCAUUGCUCGUAUCUGGACAAUUGGAUGCUGUUUUGAGAGCUAGACGUGACAUUUUCAACAGACUUCAGACUCAGGCUAGAGUUACCUUAGAUAUUCCGAAAGAACACCAUAGAGUCAUUUUAGGAAAGGGUGGGAGCAAAUUGCAAAAACUUGAACUUGAUACCGCUACAAAAAUCAACGUCCCAAGACAAGAAGACACUAGCAGGACCAUCACGAUCAUUGGUACUCAAGACGGAAUUAGUAGAGCAAGACAUGAAAUCCAACUCAUAUCAGAGGAACAGUCAAAACUUGCUAUUGAGAAGCUGAAUGUUGAAAAAGAAUUUCACCCUUUUAUCAGUGGACCAAGAAAUCAACUUUCUCAGAAAAUAGAACAGGAAAACGGAGUUCGUGUUCACAUUCCACCUCCUAGUGUUCGAAAGAAUGAGAUUGUGGUCACCGGUGAUAAAGAUGGAGUCACGAAAGCUGUGAAAAUUAUCAAAGAAAUCCAUCAAAGAAAAAAAUCUCGAUGCACCAUCAUUAACAUCGAAGUGAACAAAACUCAGCAUAAAUAUGUCAUCGGACAAAGAGGAUCAACCCUUCAGGAUAUAUUGGCUGCAGCAGAAGUGUCUGUCGAAGUACCACCUAGUGAUUCACCAUCUGAAACUAUUACAUUGAGAGGUGAACCUGACAAGCUGGGACAAGCUCUCACUCUUGUGUAUGCUAAGGCAAACAGUGUGGUAUUGAGAGAAGUAAAAGCUGAGGCAUGGCUGCAUAAAUUCAUCAUCGGAAAGAAAGGAGCUAAUAUAAACAGCUUGACACAGAAUCUGAAAAAGGUGAACAUCGAAUUUCAAGCAGAGGAGAACAAGAUUGUAGUGGAAGGUCCACCAGAAGAAGCAGAUGAGGCUCAAGCCAACUUACAAAAACAAGUUGAUGAUUUGAAACGUCAAAUGAACUUUGCUGAAGUAAACGUGGAUCCCAAAUAUCAUAAAAACAUCAUUGGAAAAGGAGGCCAGAACAUCAAUAACCUUCGUGAAAAAUACAAGGUCAACAUUCGUAUUCCACCAGACACAGAAAAGAACCCUACUAUUCGUAUUGAAGGUGAUCCAGAAGGAGUAAAGGAAACAAGGAAAAUUCUCAUUGAAAUUUCACAAAGAAUGGAAAAUGAACGUAGCAAAGACAUCCUGAUUGAACAUAGAUUCCAUAAGAACAUCAUUGGAGCAGGUGGCGACAAUAUCAGAGAUAUUAGAAAACAAUUUGAAGAUGUCAUUAUCAGCUUCCCUGAACCAUCAAGUAAAAGUGACGUCGUUAAUCUCAGAGGACCGAAACAAAAUGUUGAUAGUUGUUUCAAGUACCUGAAAAAAAUGCAUGAAGAUAUGGUUGCAAAGAAUUACAGCAUUCAAGUUCCGAUCUUCAAGCAAUUCCACAAAAACAUCAUUGGAAAGGGAGGAGCCAAUAUUCGUAAGAUAAGAGAAGAAACCAACACACAGAUUGAAUUGCCGACUGAAAACUCUGAAAAUGAAGUGAUCAAGAUUACUGGACGAAAAGAAGAUUGUGAAAAGGCUAGAAAGAUGAUCAGAGAUAUUGAGAAACAAAUGAUUGACAUUGUUGAAGAAAGCAUCACUGUCAGUCAAAAGCUUCACAACUCUAUGAUCGGCACAAAAGGAAAGUUUGUUCGGUCAAUCAUGAACGAGUGUGGCGGUGUUCACAUUCAUUUCCCGACUGAAGGUUCUGGAAGCGACCAAGUUGUAAUCAGAGGUCGCAAAGAAGAUGUCGCAAGAGCAAAAAAAGAGCUUUUGGACUUGGCACACUCGAGGGAGCUAACUAGCUUCACUAUCGACAUCAAAUGCAAACCGGAAUUUCACAGGUUCCUCAUUGGACGCAAUGGCGCUACUAUUAGAAAGGUUAGGGAUGAAACUGGAGCCCGAAUUAUUUUCCCUCAACAAGGAGAUGCUGAAAAGGAUACAAUUUCUAUUGUCGGACGUGAAGAUGAAGUUAAAAAAGCAGAGGGGAAAAUAAAGGACUUGAUCAAAGAUCUGGAAAACAUCAUUGAAACUACCAUAAAUGUACCACAAAAAUACCACAAGCACUUUGUGGCACGUAGAGGUGCAGUUUUGAGAGAUCUUUCAGACGAAUAUGGCGGCGUUACUGUUUCAUUCCCAAGACAAGGACAAGAUUCCGAAGCUGUUAAAAUCAAGGGAGCAAAAGACUGUGUUGCUGGUGCUCAGAAGAGAAUCGAAGAAAUUGUCAAUGAUUUGGAAAAUCAAGUGACCAUUGAAUGUAUCAUUCCGGAAAAAUUUCAUCGCACUGUCAUUGGUACAAAAGGAGCAAAAGUACAAAGCAUUACUUCGCAAUUCGAUGUGCAAGUUAAAUUCCCUGAUCGUGGACCAGGCAAUGGGCCACGAAACGAGCAAGAACCUUCUGGCGAACAAGAACAACAAGAAAAAGAGGAAGAAAAAAGACCAGACCUCAUUCUUAUCACCGGUAACAAAGAUAAAUGUGAGGCAGCAAAACAAGCUCUUCUCGCUCUUGUACCCAUUUCUGAGGACGUGGAAGUCCCAUUCAAAUUCCAUAGGUACAUUAUUGGACAAAAGGGUGCCGAAGUCCGCAGAAUGAUGGAAGAGUACGACGUUAAUAUCAGUAUUCCGCAAGCAGAUCAAGCAAGCGAUUUCAUCACUAUUACUGGUGUUGCUGAGAAAUUAGGAGCUGCCAAGGAAGGAAUGAAAGAAAAGGUGAAAGAGCUGGAAAAGGAAGAAGAGGAUAGACUUUUGCGAAGUUUUGUUUUGGAAGUUGAAGUCAAUGCUCAUUUCCAUCCAACUAUCAUUGGACGUCGUGGAGUCGUCGUUACGGAAAUCCGUAAGAAAUACGAUGUCAAUAUUCAAUUCCCUGAUCGUGGUGAUGAAAAUCAGAACUUGAUCAAGAUCAUUGGAUACGAGAAGAAUACGGAAGAUGCUCGUAAACAUAUUGUCGGCAUGGUGUCUGAACUUGAAUCUCAUGUCAGUCAAGAUGUACAUAUUGAUCGACGUGUCCAUCCAAGACUUAUUGGUGCCAAGGGACGAGCAAUCAAGAAAAUUAUGGAUGAAUACAAGGUUGAUAUUCGAUUCCCACAAAAUCAAGAUCUGAUAACGGUGACUGGAACUCAAGAAAGAGUGGAUGAAUGCAUUGAACAUAUUCUCAAUCUGGAGGAGGAAUAUAUGCAAGACAUUGUAGAACGUGAAGAAAAUAGCCGUUACACUCGUUCAUCAGGACCUUCAUCAAACCGUGGUAAUCAAUCCAACCAGCAACCAUUCGUUGUCAGAGGAGCUCCAUGGCAACAGGUGGACACCAACAGUAUGGACGACUUUCCAAGCCUCGGAGCUGCUACUACCCAGGACAGCAACCGAGGUGGCGGUUCGGCAUGGGGCAGAAAACACUAAUGUGUUUUCGUUGAAGACAUGCUUUUGUACAGAUGAGCUAACUAUCAGAUCAAUAAUUUUCUCCCAAAGACCUUGUGAACGAACACCCUGUAAAAAUAUUAGCGAUCAAACAUGGUCCACGGAUAGAACAAUUCUCCUUCGUGAUCUAUCUCUGUCUCAUGUUUGGUGAAUGUAAGAAUAUCUCUAUUUGAAUUUUACCGAAAAUGUAUAAAAAGAAAAAAAAUCGAGCCCCAGCUCUUUAUGCUAUAGCUUUUAUUCGUAGUACACGACCAUUGAUCGUGUUGGUGAUAGCUUCUUUUUCCUAAAAAUUAAUGUGAAAUCAUCUUCGAUUAAGCGUGGGCCCAACAUGAAUUUAUAGUUUAUUUAAGAUCAAAUACAUUAUUAUUUUGCCUUUUCGUCGGGUCAUGCAUAAUCAAGUCUGAUCGAACAUUACUUUUUAAAAUCGUUAUAAAGUAAUAUUAAAAUAAUAAUAUUUUGUGUGUGUGUUUAUGUCUAUAAAAACAUUUUGUUUGCCAAAUAUUGUGGAAUAUGUUGAAACCUCUGAUAUCAUCAGUUUCCAUUGUCGCCAUAAUUUUGUGGUCUGUGACGAAGUUUUCUGGUUAUCAGGCAUGGGCCAAUGAUGUUUCACUCUUGAUAUGUGCCGCAUCUAUGAUUCACAUUCGACCGUACAUGAUUGAGCAACCAUUUCUGACAUAAUUUUAACUAGCGAUCUCUGAUACGAUUUGUAUAAACUGGAAUAUUUUCGCGUGAAGACCCGCAACCAACUCAUCAAUUCUCUGGCCUUGAUUACGUGAAAACAUUUGUGUGCCUUAUUCUUUUGCUGCUUGAUUUCCAGAGUGAGUGAAAAUCCCACUCUCCUUUGAUUAUCAGGUGUUGAAAAUGGUCGACCAAACUUGUAUACAUAACAAAAACGAUAGUACUACUGUGCAAUAUAGGAAUAUCAGAUUCGUAGUGGGCUUGCUAGCAUCCAUUAAUUGAAAUUGGUUUCGUUUCAAUAAAAUCUUACUGCAUUA